AUGACUUCCUCUGUUGGCCUUGAGAACGUUCUCAACUUCCGUGAUGUGGGCAAAACGGUCAAUGACUUUUUGGGCACAAGGCGAAUUCGCGAAGGUUUGUUCUAUCGUGCCGCCAGGCCAGAUGAUGCCACUCUCUCAGAUAGACAGGCCAUUAGAUAUGACAUUGGUGUCAAGACGAUCAUAGAUCUGAGAACCAAAACCGAGCACCUCAACCAAGCAAAAAGACGAAAGGAACAGUCCAGUACACAUGCUCUCGUGAAAUCCAAUGAAGCUCUUGCUGAACCACUCCAAAUAUCUGGACUGGACUAUCGACAAGUCAAAGUCACAGGGCGUGCCUUCGAACUGUUCCUCCUAAGUCAGCUCUCAUGGUGGGACUUCUUCCGUGUGGUGUUUCUGUUUGUUUGUGGCUACCGCACUAAAGCGAUCAAUAUCCUUGGGCAGCAAGUCAUGAUCCCUCGCGGACUUGUAGGUUUGGGUCUCGAUACGCUCGAUCAAUCCACUCGGGAGAUUCGUGAGGCUCUAUCACUUUAUACCGACCAGGCUGCUCUUCCUUCACUCGUUCACUGUACUCAAGGCAAGGACCGUACAGGUCUCAUUUGCGCGCUUGUGCUUAUGAUUCUUGAUGUUCCUAUCUCGGCCAUUGAGUAUGACUAUGCUCUCAGUGAUGAGGCCCUCAUUUCUGAACGUGAACAGCGUUUCAUUGAGAUUCGUGAAAUCGGAUUGACAGACGAGUGGCUUCACUGUGCGGAUGAUAUGAUUGUUGGUAUUCAAAAACACCUCGACGACAAAUAUGGUGGACUGAAUGCCUACCUAGAUGGCAUAGGUUUUGGUGCAGAUGACAGAGCAAAGAUACGUGAUCUUUUGCUCUAUUAG